AUGCCUGGUCUUGAAAAGGAAAAUCCUGGAUUGACCAAAUUGUUUUUCUCUGGUAUUUUCUCAGUUGGUUUGACAUUGGUCUUGUUGACUGGUUCAGAACUUUAUACUGGUAAUACCAUGACUUUGAUGGCUGCCUUAUUGAGAGGUAAAAUUAAUCCAUAUGACCUUGUUAGAAAUUGGACAACCAGUUUGAUUUUUAACUUGCUUGGUGCUUUGGCUGUUGCCUACUUUUUCAUGUAUUUACCAACCCCAGCUCACGAUAUUGAAGAAUCAACUAGAGCUGCCUAUGUAGACUAUGCAAUUCACUUUGGAGAGAAGAAGGCGUUUAGAGGAUUUUGGGGGAAUUUUGUACUGGCUAUUGCUUGUAAUUGGCUUGUAGGUCUAGCUGUUUAUACUACGUAUGGUUCUAAAAAAAUUACAGAUAAGGUUGUUGGUUUGUUCUUACCAAUUUUGGCUUUCGUUUCAUCAGGUUUUGAACACUCCAUUGCAAAUGGUUUCUUUAUACCUUUAGCGAUGAUGUAUGGUUCCCCAAUUACUGUCUAUGACUUUUUGAUUGGUAACAUGCUUCCAGUAACUAUUGGUAAUACUAUUGGUGGUUCUAUUUUAAUUGGUGUCUUGUUUUGGUGGGCUCACGGUUGGAGAACUGAACACAAACACCACAUGGACAAUCUCUUCAUUGACAAGCUUAAAAAGACACUGUCCACACCUAUUCUCUCCCUCUAUGAUAAGAUUAAGUGUAAGAUUCUUGGAACUCCUUACUUAAAACAAUCAGAAUCGAGAGAAGAAAUUUAA